GUUCACCGCGCGCGCGUUAACUAAAUCGUGACACGCUACUAUACUAACGUCACCACAUUUUAGAUAUAUUUUUUAAACACAGUAUUUUUUAUUAUGGAAAAACGAUCUUAUAACUAACGAAAAUUUUAUUUAAACGCAUCGAAGGUUGAGGAAGAUUAUUAAUAAGAUUAUUGUUGUAAAAACGGUGUUAAGUGUUAUUCAAGAAACAAAACAUAGCGCACGUAAUGGCAACCUGUAAAUACCUGCAAGUGGAUCCCGAAUUGAGGGACGAACCACAAGAAUUACAGAGUAUCUCAUGGAAACCGUUUUUAAGACAGCUAUUGGUAUGCUGCAGCCUCUUCACGACCUACUUCGUAACGGGCUUGUCUCUCGGGGCCCCGACUGUAGUCAUCCCACAGCUUCGGAAGACCAGGGUCGUGAGUGAUGAAAUGGCUUCUUGGUUAUCGUCGGUGUUUAGCUACAGCGCUAUGCCAUGGGUGGUGAUCCUGCCGACGAUAUCACAACGCGUCGGAAGAAAACCUCCUUUCUACUUCGCCAUCUCUAUCUCCAUCGCCAGUUUUUUCAUUUUAUACUUUGGCAACACCACCACACACUUUAUAGUCAGCCAGCUCCUGCAGGGAAUACUUUUAGGCUCGAAUUUAACUAUAUCUAUCAUAUUGAUCACAGAAUGUACCUCACCUAAGUACAGAGGUAUAUUUUUAGCAAUCAAAUCCGCAAAUAUUUGGUGGGGUAUGUGGGCAGCUAAUGCCAUAGGGACGUUUUUUCAUUGGAAUUAUAUAGGCUUGUGUGGGCUUAUAUGUUCCGCAAUGUAUGUUACUGUUUUCAUUUGGCCAGAGUCCCCUUAUUGGCUGGCUACUAGAGGCCGGUUUGACGAAUGCGCGAGGGCACAUAGAUGGUUAAAAGGAGUUGAUAAAUGUGCUGAAGAUGAGUUAGAAAAACUUAUCAUUUCUCAGAAAGACCACACGCAGUUUCAUUCAAGAAGUACAACAGUUAAAGAAAAAAUUACGAACAUGUUGAGAUUAGUAACUCUAAAAGAGUUUUACAUGCCAAUUUCGUUGUCAGUACUAGUAAUUGCCCAGUACCACUCAUCUGGAAAAAUUGUGUGUAGUAUUUAUUCAAUAGAAUUGAUAAAGAAGAUUACUGAAAGCGAAUCGACAGCUUAUAUGGGGAUGCUAAUACUAGACGGAGUAAGUGUUCUCGGCAUGUAUGUAGGCAGUGGUUUGUCAAAAAUUGUUACACGAAGAAAAUUAUUGUUAGUUUCAUCUGCAAGUGGUAUCUUGUUUAUUUUCGCUUUGUCUUUAUACAUCUGGUUAGUUGAAAUGUUUUUUAUUUCUGAAAAUAAAAUUGUAUCUUUAUUAUUAUUAUCAGCUUGUAGUUUAUCAUUAAGCUGUGGUCCUGUAAUAAUGUCAAUGUCAAUUUAUGCUGAACUGAUACCGUUGCGUUUUAAAAGUUCUGGAGUGAUUAUUACUAUAUUAAUGCACUUUGCGCUAAUGGGAACGACUAUCAAAAUUGCUCCUUUAGUUUUUAGUACAUUAAGACUAUAUGGCGCCUUUUCUUUGUACGGCGUCUUAUUUUCAGCAUUAAGUUAUGUGUUGUAUAAAUAUUUGCCUGAAACUAAAGAUAAGACGCUUCAAGAAAUUGAGGAAUAUUUUAAGGGUAGCUCUAAAGACGAAUUAAAAGACGCUAAAGAAUUAGUGGAACUGAAUAAAAAAUAAUUAAGGCUGUUUGUGAAUUUUUGUCACUGAUUUACAAUGUACUAUGUUUGACAUGUUUUUUGUUUUAAUUUAUUGUAAGUAUGGUUAUAGACUUUGCCAAAAUGUAUGUUGCCAAAAUAAAUGUUUUUUUUGA